AUGAUCGAGAAGCCGGUCAGCGCGGAUGUGCGCAGCGGGCAGGACCUUGUGAAUUGUCUUUCCUUGGCCAAGAGCAAAGUCCUGGUCGGGCAUCAUCAUCGGUUCAACCCUUAUAUGAUGAAAAGUAAACAAGUCAUAUCUACAGGAAAGCUUGGUGGCAUACUGGCGGUAAACGGGAUCUGGGCCUUGCACACCCCGCCGCACUACUUCCAGGCGCCGGCGGAAUGGAGACAGACUGAAGCCGGCGGCGCAAUCCUUAUCAACAUGAUUCACGAAAUCGAUAUCCUCCCUUUUCUACUAGGACGUAUAGUUCGAGUUCACGCAGAACGAAUCCUUCCUCAACGAGGCUAUGCCGCGGACGAGGGAGCAGCCAUGACGUCCAAGUUCAAGUCGGGAGUGGUGGGAACGUUUUUGCUUUCGGAUUACGCCCCGUCGCCGUAUAACUUCGAGCCUGGCUCUGGAGAAAACCCGCUCAUUCCCCAAGCCGGCCAAGACUUUUACCGCAUAUUUGGGACUCAAGGUUGUCCAAGUGUGCCGGACAUGUCGCUGUGGUCUUACAGGGACAAGUCAAAGUCUUGGCACUCUGAAAUAACAAAGCAAGAAAUCCAUGUGGACAUUGCAUUGCUAUUUGAGCUGCAUUUGCAGCAUGUCAUCAAUGCUGUUGGAGGGUUGGAAGACAUGACAAGCACAGCACAGUCUGGGCUCGCGGCGCUAUGGACGUAG